CCUGGCUACGCCCCUGUUUAAGGCUCUAGAGUCUAGAGUCUAGGUGACCGGUAGCAUUUUGCUGCAAGGACAUCUCCCCAAGCCCAGCUAUGCUGCAAGAGUCUGCUGGGAACUGUCCAGGGUCCUGAAUUCCCUAGCCUAGCCUGGCAGAGGCUAAUGCCCCUUUUUUCUGCAGCUCACAAGCCCUAGCAGAACAGCAUAGCCUCUCUACUGGGAAGACCACUUUUCAUCCUACCAAGCCAAGGUGGUGCCCUCUGCGUGUUGGUGGGCUACAAACUCAGUCCCAACCACCAAGACCAAUGAUCAAGGAAGAUGGGGGCAGUGGUACCAUGUUUGCUGUGAUGUGCCACUCAGCAAGCCCCAAGACUCAAUAAUCUCCCGCUGUUGUAGUGAAGGAGACAGUUUCCUGAUCGUUCCACUGCUGUGAUUCCUUAUGGAUCACUGCUCAGCCAAGGAACUCCCAAAUGUCCAAGAUGUGCUUUUGGGUUCAGUAGUUCUUCCUGAUGACGAGGCCCACCUGCACACACCACUCCCUACUGGUUUGCCUAAGAAAGCUUCAGGACUUUAUAAUAUCCAUUGCAGAAGAGACCAGCUUCCCAUCUCUCCAGACUUGCCAAACAAAGACAGCCUAAUAGGCUACCAGGUGCCGAUGGGACGCAUCACUUUCUUCCACCUCUCCAUUUGGGGCUUCCUGGUUUCCUGCUUUGUUCUACAAGGCACAGAAGCAUAUAGCUGCCCCCCGGACUGGAUCAACAUUCAGAGGCAUUGCUAUUCCUUAAAGAAAGUUCCACGGAAAUGGAAUGAUGCAGAGACAGACUGCCAAACCUAUGGGACAAAGAGCCACCUGGCCUCCAUCCUUAGCGAGGGAGAGCACAGGCGUUUAGCCGCUGCGAUAACAGCGGGAAAUGACCUCAGCGUCAACAUCUGGAUUGGGUUGUUCAGAAUGAAAAAGGGUGGGAAGAUCAAGCACUGGAGAUGGACCGAUAAUGCCGUGGUUGGCUACAUGCCUUGGGGACCUGGACAACCCUCCAACUGCAGAAAUGAACAAUACUGUGUCGAGUUGUAUGGAGUCGACUUCAUGGACUUGAAUGAUAAUAAUUGCGAUACUGAGAAUUUCUACAUCUGCAAAAUGCCACUGUAGGAAUGGGCUUCGGCAAUUUCAGAGAAUGGGACCACGUUGUAGGUCCUUGGCUUCCGCAGUUGCCCAAAUGCACCUGCCUGCUCACCCGUCGCAGCUUUCGAGAUCGUUCGUGAGCCAGGUUGAGGCAUCAAUA